UCGCCUUUGCAAAGCUUGUACAUAUUUUGCUGUGAAUGAGUAACACACUCCCCUGAACGUAGCCCACUAACAGAUUUCCUUUGAGAGGAGUUUAAGGAAUUUGUGUGUAUGGAUCAACCUGACACCACCUGACACCACCCAACACUAGUACUGCUGCUUGGGUUCUUUUACAUUUUUUUUAAGUAAUUGGCAAUGAUAAUUGACAGAUGAUCUGACAGAGGAAGACAACAGACGCCGUCUCCGUUCUGGUUAUUAUGGGGUGUACCUGUUGCAAGCAGAAGCCUGGCAAAUCGGUCUCGGCAACGUCAGGAACGGUGGACAUUGUAGAUCACUCUCCCAGCAACACAGAUGGAGGGUCAAGCAUUCCCUUUUCUCAGGACCGCUAUUGUCCUGAUCCCACUCAGACCAUCCCAGACUUCAACAAGGGCUUUGCACCCAGCUCCAUGUUCCCGAACACCAGCACACACCAGCGGCCUGGAGGCAUAACAGGUGGUGGCGUUACUCUUUUUAUAGCUUUGUAUGACUACGACGCCCGAACAGAAGAUGACCUCACGUUCAAGAAAGGAGAGAAGUUCCAAAUCAUCAAUAACACAGAGGGUGACUGGUGGGAAGCUCGCUCGCUGGAUACUGGCCACUCAGGUUACAUCCCCUCCAACUACGUAGCGCCGGUCGACUCCAUACAAGCUGAAGAGUGGUAUUUUGGGAAGAUGGGCAGGAAGGAUGCAGAGAGGCAGCUACUAGGUCACGGCAACCAAAGGGGAACGUUCCUCAUAAGAGAGAGUGAGACGACCAAGGGGGCCUACUCUCUGUCCAUCCGUGACUGGGACGACACCAAGGGAGAUCACGUCAAACAUUAUAAGAUUCGUAAACUAGACAACGGUGGCUACUACAUCACCACCAGAUCCCAGUUUGACACUGUACAGCAGCUGGUAGAGCACUACACAGAGAGAGCAGCAGGACUGUGCUGCCGUUUGAUUGGCAGCUGUAAGCGGGGCAUGCCUAAGCUGGCCGACUUAUCGGUGAAGACCAAGGAUAUGUGGGAGAUUCCCCGCGAAUCUCUCCAGCUGAUUAAAAAGCUGGGCAACGGCCAGUUUGGAGAAGUCUGGAUGGGCAUGUGGAACGGCACCACCAAAGUAGCGGUGAAGACUCUGAAGCCAGGAACCAUGUCCCCCGAGGCUUUCCUGGAGGAGGCUCAGAUCAUGAAGAGACUCCGGCACGACAAGCUGGUGCAGCUCUACGCCGUCGUGUCUGAGGAGCCCAUCUACAUCAUCACUGAGUUCAUGAGCCAAGGAAGUUUGCUGGACUUCUUAAAGGAUGGUGAGGGGCAAAGCCUGAAGCUGCCUCAGCUGGUGGACAUGGCGGCACAGAUUGCAGCUGGAAUGGCGUACAUCGAGCGGAUGAACUACAUCCACCGUGACCUGCGAGCAGCCAACAUCCUUGUUGGAGAUAAUCUGGUGUGCAAGAUCGCUGACUUUGGCCUGGCUAGGCUCAUCGAGGACAACGAGUACACGGCCAGACAAGGGGCGAAGUUCCCCAUUAAGUGGACGGCACCAGAAGCUGCGCUCUAUGGACGCUUCACCAUCAAGUCGGAUGUCUGGAGUUUUGGCAUCCUGCUGACUGAACUCAUCACUAAGGGACGCGUGCCCUACCCAGGCAUGAACAACCGUGAGGUGCUGGAGCAGGUGGAGAGGGGAUACAGAAUGCCUUGUGCCCCCGGCUGCCCGGCUUCGCUCCAUGAACUGAUGGUGCAGUGCUGGAGACGUGAGCCCGACGAGAGGCACACCUUUGAGUACCUGCAGUCCUUCCUGGAGGAUUACUUCACCGCCACAGAACCGCAGUACCAGCCUGGAGAAAACCUGUGACCACACGCGCGCUGGACAACCGUGGAACUUUAAAUACACAGAGAGAUGCAAACAAAUACAGUGACAGGCAUGUUGUAGUGCUCCAGCUGUACAUGCUUUCAGUGUAUUUGACUCUGAACAGACCGCAUACUCACACACUCGUAUAAACAUACAUAUCAUUGACCUGUUUAAAAUUGUUUUGAGUUGGUUCCCUUCUUUUUGCUCAUUGAUCACUGCGGCUCGCUCAGAACAGAUCAGGUAACCGCGUUGAAGAGUCUGAGCUCUCCUGAUCGGGCCUUGCAGUAAUGUUGCUUUACUCUGUAACCAUGACAACAAGGAACUGAAAGAAGAUGUAGAUGGUUAUGUUGGGGUGGGGGAGGUCCAGUGGGUACAAGAUCUGCUCAGUUGCCGUAUUUGUUCAGGUCUUUUGAUUUUUUUUUCCUACUGCAAAGAGGUUUUGAGUAGAUUGUCUGUCUGAAGACCUCAGAAGAAUGUAUUGAUACAGGAAGAGUCUGAGGUGCAACAGGUUCAUUCAUUCAUUUCGCAUACGCAGUUCCUCCUGUUCAUGGUUGGAGGAGGGUAUGGUUUUAUAAUAUAAAUGCAACCUUGAGCAACUCUCAGUGAACUGGAUGAACCUGUGUGCUAAAUGACUGGAUUAUGUACCGUAUACAUACUGUGCCAUUAAAAAAUAUUUACUCUGCAGUAACUCAGCAGGUCGUCUUUUUUUUAUGAAUUGAAUUUUUUUUUUAAAUCUGAUAAAAGGUCAAUUUUAACCAGACUGAUCUGAUUUCCAUCCUGCUGCCAAUAUGUGCCUUAAAUACUGUGUUAUAAAAGCCUGUGGUAAGAAAUGUGCUUUACGUGGCCAAGAUUUUGCAUAGCUGUUUUGUAUAAGUUGUCUCUUUUGUUCUAAUUUAACUCACCUAUACCUGUGCAACAGAAAAAAAUCCUAUAUCUAGCUAGCAUGUAUGCAGUUUUCAUGCUUACAGUAAGAGGGGGGGCACGGUGCAACGUCACAUAAAGGAGAAUGCUCUGUACCAGUGGACUGUGGAAAUAGUGUUUUUAUUGAAUUGUUGUUGUCUGUUAGUUUUUGUUUGUUUGUUUUUGGCCAAAACAUGUAACCGUCAUGUUGUGAUUACUGUAAUAAAGAUCAGAUAUCUUUCCCAGGUUACAUCAAAUGUCUUAUUCGUGCAUGCUUGAACAUGUACUCAUAAUCAUAUUAACCAAGGACCAUUCUUGAGGAAGAGAGUAUUUUCAUUAAACAGCGCAUU